UUUGCCCAGCACCAGUGUGCACGAGACGGUAGGCGCGACCGGAAGCGGCAGCAUGCUGAUCCCAUUUUCAGUGAAGAAUUGCUUCCAGUUACUUUGUAACUCCAAAGUCCCAGCUGCUGGCUUUAAAAACACAGUAAAAAGUGGGCUCAUUUUACAGUCGACUUCCAAUGAUGUUUAUCAAAAUCUGGCUAUAGAAGACUGGAUCCAUGACCAUAUCAAUCUAGAAGGCAAAACAAUUCUUUUUUUUUGGAGAAAUUCUCCCUCUGUUGUAAUUGGUAGGCAUCAGAAUCCUUGGCAGGAAUGUAACCUGAAUCUAAUGAGAGAAAAAGGUAUAAAACUGGCUCGGAGAAGAAGUGGAGGAGGAACAGUCUACCAUGAUAUGGGUAAUAUCAACUUGACUUUCUUUACAGCCAAAAACAAGUAUGAUAGAAUGCAAAAUCUGAAAUUAAUUUUGAGAGCUCUGAAUGCUGUCCAACCCCAGCUGGAUGUGCAAGCUACCAAAAGAUUUGACCUUUUACUUGAUGGACGGUUUAAAAUCUCAGGAACAGCUUCUAAGAUCGGCAGGACUUCUGCUUAUCACCAUUGCACUUUAUUGUGUAGUACUGAUGAGACUUCCUUGUCUUGUUUGCUAAGGAGCCCUUACCAAGGGAUCAAGAGCAACGCCACUGCCAGCAUACCUUCCUUAGUAAAAAAUCUUGUGGAAAAAGAUCCCACUCUGACCUGCGAAGUACUGAUAAAUGCUAUUGCUGCAGAGUAUGCUGCUUAUCAUCAAACUGAUAAUCACAUUAACUUAAUAAACCCAACAGAUGAGACACUAUUUCCUGGAAUAAAUAGCAAAGCCAAAGAACUACAAACUUGGGAGUGGAUAUACGGCAAAACUCCAAAGUUUAGUGUAAACACUUACUUCAAUGUGUUAUAUGAACAGUUAGAUUUGGAAAUUAAAGUAUUCAUAGACAUAAAGAAUGGAAGAAUUGAAAUCUGUAAUAUUGAAGCACCUGAUCACUGGUUGCCGCUGCAGAUAUGUGAGAGAUUAAGUUCAGGUCUUAUUGGCAGUAAGUUUUGCCCAACAGAAGCUACCAUGCUGACAAAUAUAUUACUUAGAACGUGUCCACAAGAUUAUGAACUGCACAGUAAAUGGAAUAUGCUCUGUGAAAAA